AUGCCGUUUGCAAGCGACGGAUUGCAUUUCGUUUUCUUCGACCUAUUUCUGACAAUUAUCAGAACCACAACAGUUGUACUUAAUCAAGCCUGGACUUCGUUCUCGUCACAGCAAUUGCUUUUUUGUUAUUUGUUUGUCUGUCUCUUGUGCGCUAUUAAAAUCCUGUGUGACGAUCCACGUCAUUCUGACAUUGCACGGCUUACUGCUGCUCCCCCAGCUUUUUGUCACCACUUCCGCUUAAAUUUCCGGCACUUU